UAGCACAUAACACAAGAUGCAAUGCCAUUUCAAUGGAACUGUGCUGAUCAGUGUGCUCCCUCCACUGUUGGUGACAGAAUUUGUUUUGGGAAUCAUCGGCAAUGGCUUGGCUCUCUGGAUUUUCUGCUUCCACAUGAGACCCUGGAAGAGCAGCACGGUGUUACUCUUCAACCUGGCGAUGGCUGAUUUUCUGCUCAACAUGGCUUUGCCUUUCCGUGCCAGCUACUACUUCUCUGAGCUCAGGUGGAUGUUUGGAGACCUUUUCUGCAAUAUCUGCCUCUUCAUGCUGUCACUGAAUCGCAGUGGAAGUACCUUCUUCUUGAUGGCUAUCGCUGUGGACAGGUACAUGCGUGUGGUGCAUCCCCAUCAUCCCAUCAACUCUUUGAGUGUCUCGAAAGCCAUGUUUGGAGCACUUGCGAUAUGGUUACUCACAAUUUCAAUAACCGUGCAUAUCUUCACUUUACGACAUGACAGCAAAUCCUACUGUGAAAGCUUCAUGAUUGAGACAAAGCCCCACCGCAACCUGACUUGGCAUAGGUUUGAGUUUCUCUUUUCCUUCUACGUGCCUCUGUUUGUGAUACUCUACUGCACCAUCCACAUUUUUAGCCACCUGAGAGGGAGACAGCUGGCACAGCAGACAAGGAUCAAGAAAGCUCUGUUCUUCAUCUCAAUAGUAGUGGUGCUCUUCAUCUUUUGCUUCCUCCCGAGCAACAUGACACAGCUACUGAUAUGGAUCAAAAUCCAAAAGGUAACCAGCAGCCUCCACGAAUCUCAAGUCUGCCCUGCCAUGGAGGACCUGACGAAAGCAUUUUACAUCACCAUUAGCCUGACCUAUCUCAACAGCCUGUUGGAUCCUGUGGUCUACUACUUCUCCAGCACUGCCUUCAAGAACAUCUGCCGGAAAGCUCUUCAUCUGCCCCAAGUGUACACUGUUGACAGUACAGAGAGGAAAACUCGGGAAACAGGCUCCCAGUCUCUCAGCCAGCUGUGAUCACAAAGCCAAAAUCAAGGAAACAAUUAUAAGAUGCAACUAGCAAACAAGCUAAAGAUUCUAAUUUAAAGUGACCCAUUUCUCCCUAUGCUGUCAUGUGAAUGCUAUAGCCAGCAAGAUAUUUUUACUUCUCUUAUAGUUAUCAAGUAUAAAUUGAUUGCACUUAAAAAAAAAAAAAAAAGAAUUGUCUUUGCAAACAUA